ACUCUGGACCAGCAGGUACCCAGAUACAGAGCACAUAUAGAGAACCAUUUGUCACUGAGUGGAAACUGAGUGACAUGACACGCCAACAAUGUGUAUGUAUGUCAGGACCAAUAAAACCAACAGAUGAUAGCUGGAUAGAACAACUGCUAGAUCGAUGAACAGACUAAAUUGUGGACUGAUUGCCAAUUGCUGGGCGAGUGAACUGACGGAGAAAUGGAAGGUAAGAGCAAUAGAUAAGACAGACUGACAGACAAAUUAAUGGAUUGAAGAACUGAUAGAUGGCCAAACGGACAGAUUAAAGAACAUUUGCAGAGUUACUGAAUGGGAACAGAAUACAUCACGGCUCCACGAAAGUUGGGCAAGUCAACCAUGUCACUAUCCGUGACACAACACUCAAACACUGUGUCAUAUUUUCAGAGCUCUCUACUGGAAAGCGAUGAGGCUAUUACCUUUGAUCUUAACUCAUGGUUUUUGGAAGACAUCGACCUCCCGGAAGGGAGUGAGUACGACAGCAAUGAGUCGUACAUCAGCAAUAAGUCAUUGGCCAGCUUGUGUGACCCGAAAGAGGUUCAGCUCUUUGAGGCGGUCUUCAUACCAAUUCUGUACUCGGUGAGCUUCAUCGUGGGCAUCGUGGGCAACGGGGUUCUCCUGGGAAUUCUGGCUCGGAGUAGGAAGACGUGGAGCGUGACGGACACCUUCAUUCUGCACCUGGCCUUGGCUGACAUCCUGCUGCUGCUCACACUCCCCCUGGUGACAGCACAGGAUGUUCAAAAUCUUGGGUGGACCUUUGGCACGCCUCUUUGCAAGAUCACUGGAGCUGUUUUCACGAUUAACUUCUACUGUGGAAUCUUGCUUCUGGCGUGCAUCAGUCUGGACCGCUACAUAUACAUCGUGCACGCCACCCAGAUGUACUCUCGCCGGAAACCCUGGGUCAUCCAGUCCAGUUGCCUGAUUGUCUGGGUCCUCUCGGUUCUCCUCUCUGUGCCCGACUGGAUGUUCCUGGAGGCGGUGCACAAUGCAAGGCGUAAAAAAACACAUUGUGGGCCAAGCAGUCACUCGUUUAGACUGUUUUCGCGUCUCCUCAACCACACCGUUGGAUUUCUGCUACCAUUGGUUGCCCUCAUCUUCUGCUACUCAUGCAUUCUCCACCGGCUACGGUGCAGUACAGGGGGCCCUCAGAAGCAGAAGGCGUUUUGGGUCAUCGCCAGCGUGGUGGUUGUGUUCUUUCUCUGUUGGACACCGUAUAACAUUAUUCUCAUAGUGGAUACAGUUUUUUGGGGCAACACAAAUACCAGUUGUAAAUUCAGAGACCGUCUAGCAAAGGCUAUGAUCAUGACCCAAACCAUAGGCUAUCUCCACUGCAGCCUCAACCCCAUCCUGUAUGCUUUUGUGGGGGUCAAGUUCCGCCAUCAGCUCCUCGACAUUCUGAGGGUACUUACCUGCAAAUCCAAUAAACUCCAGUCAGUGGCCAGUGGAAGGAGACCCUCCACUUGGUCUGAGUCUGCAGACACCUUCAACUCCCUAGCAAUCUGA